UCUCUCUUUUCUUUUACAUUCCUCCUUGUCAAUUCUCACAACCAUAAACAUUUCACAUUCUCCUUUUCCUUUCUGUUCUUUUAACACACAAUCCAACCCACCGAACUCAUCAUCUUUCAUUCCCCUCUUCAAACUCCCACAAAAAUCUUCUCAAUCACAUUUAAUUCACCAUGCUUGAUUCCAAUUCCAAACCCCCAGAAAAUCGCAUUCAUUUAUAUGAUCCUGUUGGUCUUCUAAACGAUGGUUAUGGUGGUUUCAAGCCAUCAAAUCACACAUUCAAACCAAGAAGACAAGCUUUAUCUUAUGAUCAUGAUCCCAAUUUGGGUUUAAGAUCUUAUGAUAGUACAGCCAGUUUAAGAUCUUAUGAUAGUUUUGAAGUUGAUAGUUUUGCUUUACCAUCAUCUGCAUCAUUCAAUGAAACUUUCACUUUUGAAACUAGUAAUGGAGCAAAUUCCCAUGAAAAUGGUGGUAGUAAUACUAAUACUAAUACUAGUACGAUAAUCGAGGAUCGAAAUGAUGGAGGUUUAAGGUUUCUUGUUGUUGAUUCUGUUGUGGAAGAUGAUGAUCAGUCUUCUGAUCCUUCUACACCACAGUUAUGGAGGUCAACUUCUCCUACAAGUUUUCCUUCAAUAUCUGUUGAUUUUCCUGCUGUGAAUCCAUUGAAUUGUAACCAACAAAGCUAUCAAGCCAUGUCACCUCGUUCGAGGACUCAGGCGAUUGCGAAAGGGCAGAGGGAGUUAAUGGACAUGGUUAGGGACUUGCCUGAGACGUUUUAUGAGUUGUCUUUGAAGGAUAUAGUUGAGCAGAAGGGUGCUGUGGAUAUGGAGGUGAAAAAAGAGAUUGACAUUCCUGAAGAAAAGAAGCCUAUAAUGGCGGUUAAGGAGGGUAAAGAGAUGAAGAAACAGAGGAAGAAUGGGAAAAGAGUGAAGAAAAGUGAGAGUAAAAAGAAGAUGGUAAGGAGUAGAAGUGUUGAUAAUGGGAAAUUUCUUCUUAAGACAUCAGUGUUUCCCUUUUUGGGGUCAAGGAAAAGUAAGAAAAAUUUGAAUGCUACUAGUAGUUUUAAGGUAGCACCAAUGCCUAAAGGGGGGCAGACAUCAAAUGGGCAUGUUAAGUUUGGGGAGAAAGAGUGGUGGAGGAAGAAAUCAUGCAUAUCUAGUGAGAGUGAAGAAAGUAAUGGUCUGAGUAGUCAGAGUACGAGCAGUCGGAGCAGCAGUAGCAGCAGCAGCAAUAGUAGCAAUGGAAGACGCAGCAACAGAUUACUACCCAACUGCUGCAUAUUUAACGGAAAAAGAAUCGGAGGGAAGAAAUAGACUGGAAACAUGCCUCUACUAAAGGCAACAAUCAUAUAUUUUUUUGUGCAAGAACAGAAAGUAUUGGACAAGUUUGAGGAAUUUCAGCUGACAGAAAAUACUUUCAGGGUAGACAAGGAUUGUAGUUCAAAAAUAACGAGAUGUUCAAAACAGAAAAGAAGUAAAGAGCCAAAUCAAAGAGCGGGAUGUAAUCCUGAAACUUACAAACUUGUAGCUGUGUCAAAGAGACAUUUGAUGGCCAGGAUGAUGGAGAUCUUCGUACAGAAAAUGCAAUGCUUGAAUAAUACUUUGUCUAUGUAUCGACUUGGUUUCAGUUCAAUCACAACAAUGAAGUGUAUACAAUCUUGUUUAUGAAUUAUGUAUGAUGAUGAGUCUUGAAUGUAAUAAGUAGUGUUUCAAUAUGCAUUCUGAACUCUGCAGCUAUUAAAUCAAAAACAGAUUUGGCAAGAAAUGGUCGAUCUCGAUGUAAAUAUGUAGCACAUUGAUACGGAAGUAACAUGAAAUUUUGAA